AUGUUGUUGUUGAAACAAGGUAUUGUUGGUCUUUUGUUCUUCCCCGCGCUGAUUGCUGCAUCGGGAAGGCACGGGGUGCACCACAAACAUGCCCAGAGAAGCCACCCUCCCGCUCUCGACGAGAGAGCCAAUGUCCUCAGCGCCAAGGUCGCUGCUGUCGACAGCCAGGGAGGAGACUACACUUGCGGUCCCGACUCUCCCUGCUCUAACGGAGCCUGCUGUGGUGAAAGCGGCUGGUGUGGCUAUGGCCCUACGUACUGCGGUGAUGGCUGCCAGUCAAACUGCGAUGCAACAGCCGAGUGCGGCGAGUUCGCAGCAACUCCCAACGCUGGCUGCCCGCUCAAUGUCUGUUGCUCGCAGUACGGCUUCUGCGGCACCACGGCGGACUUCUGCGGCGACGGCUGCCAGUCAAACUGCGAUCAGCCCAAGCCCUCUCCCCAGACUACCAACCCCCAGCAGAGGGUGAUUGGAUACUGGGAGGGCUGGAGUACUCAGCGCAGCUGUGGGACAAUGUCUGCUGGCGAGAUCCCUGUCAAUCUGCUUACGCAUCUCAACAUCGCAUUCGGUUACAUUAACAGUGCUUUCCAAAUCACAAACAUGGACGGUCUGUCCGCCGAUGUGUACAAACAGGUCGGCAACCUCAAGUCACGCAAUCCAAGUCUCAAAAUCAUGAUCGCCCUAGGCGGCUGGACGUUCAGCGACCCCGGUCCGUGGCAGGCCAUAUUCCCUACACUAGCGUCCACCGCAGCGAACCGAGCCACUUUUAUUCAGAACCUGCUUGGGUUCAUGUCCGAGUACGGCUACGAUGGGGUUGACUUCGACUGGGAGUACCCUGGCGCCGAUGAUCGUGGUGGUUCGGACUCGAUGGUCGAUGGAGAGAAUUACACUCUUCUGCUCAAGGAGCUGCAGGAGGCCAUCACUGCAAGUGGACGGAACUACCUUGUCACUUUUACUGCACCAACGUCAUACUGGUAUCUUCGCCACUUCGACCUCAAAGCCAUGAUGGAGUACGUGGACUGGGUGAAUCUCAUGUCGUAUGACCUGCACGGCACUUGGGACAGCGAAAACCCCAUCGGCAAUCAAAUCCUCGCCCACACUAACCUGACGGAAAUUGACCUCGCCCUUGAUCUAUUUUGGCGCGUGGAUGUGGACCCAUCGUCCAUAGUGCUAGGCAUUGGCUUCUAUGGACGAACCUUCCAGCUAUCAUCGGGCUCCUGCUGGAAGCCGGGCUGUCCAUUUGAUGGCCCUGGAGCAGGGGGUCGGUGCACAGCGACGCCCGGUAUCCUGUCCUACAUGGAGAUUAUGGAGCUCUUGGAGAAUUCCGGCGCAACGGCACACUUGGACGAGGAGGCGGCUGUCCAGUAUCUUGUCUAUGCGGACAAUAGCUGGGUCUCCUACGAUGAUGCAACCACCUUCGCGGCAAAGAUUGACUACGCGAAGAGAAUUGGUCUCUCCGGCCUGAUGAUCUGGGCUAUCGACCUCGACGACAGCUACCUCACUGCACUACGAUCCAUUGUCGACCCAGACUCCCUCAACAACGUGGACGGUCUAUUUACUCUGGUGGACCUAGAAAAUCUUUUCCCGACGGAGUACCUGCCGCCCGACGACACCGUACUAACCUGGGGUCUGAGCACCGUCGCCGGAGAUAUGACGGAUCCCAGCGACGCAUCCUUUGGCUUUUUGCUCGUUACUGGAGACUCGUAUGCCGUGACGCAACUGCGCAAGCGAGAUGGCCUCCCAGACCCGUUUGUCUUCAUAGACUGUCCCGCAAGCGUGAACGAGAAUGACUCGAAGGACGAGAUCCACACAGCAAGGGUAAUUUGUCUCAGCGAUGAUCUGGCGGGCUGCUUCCGGGUGAUGGAGCGAGGCGUGGAGGGGACGCUCGUCGAAAUGCCUGAAGACUGCGCUCCGAAUACAUUUGCCAGGGCACUGUCGCUAGACCUGUCAAAGGACCAGUACGUACCAGAACACAUUGCCAAACGAAGUCCAACCUCUCAAGUCUUUGAGUUUUCUUUUGACUUCAACAUUGGUCUUAUGCGGCGUGACACCAACAACACCAGCGUUCGUCUAGACUACUCGAAUCUGCCGGGAUACUGGGAUUCGAUUGUCGACUCGCCUGGGAUCCAAACGGACAAUCUUGAGAAGAGAUUCUUUGGCCCUCGACACUCUCAUUGGAGGAGCCAAUACGAGAGCACGGAGUUCGCCUACUCUUCCGAGCUUGCCACGAGGAUUCACGAGGUGAUUGACGCGCCGCUGUUCUGGCAGGCGGAGGAAGACUGUCCGCACGGUACUAACCUUCGACAAGCAUCUGGGUUCCUGAAACUCACCGGCACGAUGGAUAUCACGUACGGUAUUGGAGGUAUUGGAACGGUCGAUAUAUCGUCGGCAGGCAAGGGCAACCCUGCCAUCAGCGACGAAACAGAGAUCAAAUUGACGGGCAAAACCAUUACCGCGGGGAGGAGGGCCAACACUGCCUCGUUUGACCCUUACGUCCAGCUCACGUAUCAGAUGGCCACAUUUAAUGACACAGACGACAACGACUUUGGCCAGAGUGCUGCUCCGUUCGACGGACGCCUCACCGCGCGUGUGGUCACCGACCUGGGAAACAUGGGGGAUUCCCCGGUCAUCUUCCCGAGCGACGAGUCGAACGCCGGGGACAACUUUGAUUCUCGGAGUUUGAACAAUAUCUCUAUCUCCGAUAGUGAUGUACUGUACGGCAGUCCCGGGCUCGGUGGCAAGAUUGCCCUGGGGACAUUCAUCAAGUUCGGGUUGAAAGUGAGCACCUCGUUUUGGGAUUGGAGGCCAGAACCGCUAGAUUUGUCGUUGGUGUACAACACGCAGACCCAAUUUUCAUUCUACCCCACAAGCUAUGAUGAGUCGUGCACCGAGCUUCCUAACUUUGCUGCGAUCGUCCAAUCUCCCGCGCGCGGUAGCGUCUGUUAUCUCAAUUCCGAGGAGCAACCCGACAGCAACGUAACCUUGGCAGAGGAAGCGUCGCGGAGUCAGGACCUUUCCCCUCGCCAGACAGUCAUUAUGGACAUGCCCGGCUGGGGAUACAAUGGGAACCGGCCUGUAAGCCCCAUAGAUUACUGGAAUUGGCGACCCCCGACCGAGAUCCUCCAGGGACAAAAUGCAGUCUUCCCAUGCAGGCCUGGUGCCUGCCACACGUGCGAGACCCUUUCCGACCCGUCCCAUACCCCGUGUUGUGGCUGCAUCAAUAUGGAUAUAAAAUAUGGUUUCUGGGAUAUUCCAAACUGUAUAAGUUGCGACAGGCCCGAUGGAAUCUACCCUGGGCCAAUACAACAUGUAUCGAACCGACGGCGAGAUACGAUAGAGACCAUAGGGGAGGAGCAAGAAGAGAAAAAAGAGGAAGAGGAGAAAGAGGAGAAAGAUGACCUAGAAAAGAAAGACCUGCAUGUUCUAGAACCUCGAGUCGAUGGCAAGGCGACCCGCACCUCCAAGAAGGUGAUGGCCUGCGGGGGCAGUUUUGGGCUGGGCCGCGACUGGCGGUAUCCCGCAUUUCCCAGCGUUCAUAGCUACGGCUGGGAGGGGAUCGAAAAUGGCGCGUGGGAUUCUAUCUCUCGCUACUGGGGCAAUGUAUCUGACAGCUGCUCCAGCUGGGCUGUAUCAGGCCAGACCAGGCACGACACUAGAUGGGUCUUUAACAAUGGCAACCCAGCCCAGAUAAGAGCGAAUUACCAGACCGAGCAUGUGUUUGAGGGCCAGCUCAUUGGCGACUUCUUCGACCUAUGGCUCAAUGAGGGCAAGAUCAAGAACCAGAGACCAGCCCCAGCCAGCGCGAGCUCCAAGUAUACGGUGACACGUCUUCAAUAUGAGGAACCUGGCUCACUGCUUGCCAUGGGCUUCCGAGAUCCGACAUGGGGAGGGCAGUUUCUUGAUCGUCCAGCUACCACCCCUGUCCCGCAGCCUGCCGGUGCCGCUCGGGUGAACAGGGUCACAUUUCCCCCCUCCACGGCCAUAUUCCGGACCCCACUGGGAUCUGAUCACAUAUCCUUGCCUUGUUCCACCAACCAAUGGCAAAAUUGCCGCAUCCGUUUCAUUUCCGUGUCUUGGGCAUGCGACGCUUGGAAUUGCAGUGAAGAGAUGCGAUUGGGGCCGGGCACCAGAUCUUGGUUUCAGCCCAGCAUAAAUAAUUUCAAGCCAUGGACCCCCCUUCCCGCGAAACCGUGUCCACCACACAGAACACUCAAUGCGUGCUCCCCACAAACUUCAUAUCCUCCUAACCCUGAGCCCUGUCAUGUUCUACUUCCAGGCACUUUGCCGCCUCCCAAACAUCACCUUCCGGCGCGACCACCGGCCGAAGUCUGCGUGCAUGUCAGUGCCAACACCCAGCUGGAGUCAGAGACAUUCGGGCGUAGUACCGCGUCUCGACAGAGUUCUGUACCCCAUGUUCCUGCUCCGGAUCUGAUCCGCCCCUGCUAUCCUCAGGACGAGACUAGAACCCCUACCAAGCCGCCUGGAUUCCAGGAAGAUGACGCAGCGCGUAAUGUCCCGUCCCCGAGUACAUCUAGCUCGACCGAUAGUCUAGAGGACUUCUUCAGGAUGCCAGACUCGCCCCAAGACAACAUCCCCAUUGAUCCGGUAAUUCUUGCCAAUCUCGGGCCAUGGGAGAGUGACGACCUCCAGCUACAUGCCCCCCCAGCAGACGGCAUAACAAAUCCGGAGACAACCUGCCUGUAUCCUGAACCUCCGGCCAUUCUCGGCAGUCCAACUAGCCGUUUUGAAGUGCCUGGCGAAAGGGAUGGUAGUGAUAAUGGCGGUAUUCAGGGAAGUCGUUAUGGCUGCCAACAAAUGAACCCUCCCUCGCCCGGCACCGGACCAGACCAAUCUUCUCCUGAUAGCCAUGGGAAGCACCAUAUUAAGCGAAAAACACGAAAAUCAGACGGCGGAAUUCGCAAGUCGCCUCGAGUUCGCUCCACGUCAGCACCCAGGGAAGAUUCCUUUGCUGCCCUUCGGUCUCAGUUCACGUCUCUACCACUAAAUGACCGUUUGCAAUUUCUAUCCUGGCUAUUUGAAGGUGCACUAUCUCACUGCAUGUCUGACACCUCACAAACAGCAUGUGAAGAAUUGAAGGCACGGGAAAGCCGUCGCUCAAGGCCCCGGCCUGAGAUCGACCAAAGUCGGAGUGUUCGCAAGAGUGUCCGAAAGAGCUCGAGAAAGGGUAUGUCAUGGUCGGCGGAAGAGGUGGACCUCCUAGUGAGGCUGAGGAAGGACGAAGGUCGAUCAUGGUCAGACGUGACGAGGGUAUUCUCGAAGCAGUACCCAGGGAGAAGUCAGGGCGCGAUACAGGUUUACUGGUGUUCGACUCUCAGCAAGAAAGCGAGUUGA